AAUUUUGAAAUAUUAUUUUAUAAAGUUUUCCAUAAUAAAUAUUUAUUUAAUUAUAUAAUUAAACAAAUUCAAAUUACCGAAUGGAUAGAAUAUGAAGAUACUGAUCAAAUUAAUUUAGAUAAUAGAAAGAGAUUCAAAGAUAUUGUAUCACUAAAAUGGAUGAUAAAAAAUAAACAAUAUCAACUAUUGAAAUGCAAAUUAUAUGCAAACGAACUAAUAGAUAUAGAU